GAGACACUUCCUGUGGCAGAGAAAAGAGGUAGUGAGCUGGUGUUUCAGGAUGUGAGGGCCCGCAGGAGCGGAGCCGGGCUCUCUCUGUUGCUUGCCUGCCACCGUGCAAGCUCUAGCCGGGGCUGCCCACAGUCCCCAUGGUGGGCUCUCCUCACAGCAGGGACCCGUGAAGAGCGGCGGCAUGCCAGGGAAGCCCAAGCACCUGGGUGUCCCCAACGGGCGCAUGGUUCUGGCUGUCUCAGAUGGAGAGCUGAGCAGCACGGCGGGGCCUCAGGGCCAGGGCGAGGGCCGAGGAAGCUCCCUCAGUAUCCACAGCCUCCCUAGUGGCCCCAGCAGCCCCUUCCCCACCGAGGAGCAGCCUGUGGCCAGCUGGGGCCUGUCCUUCGAGCGGCUGCUGCAGGACCCGCUGGGGCUGGCUUAUUUCACUGAGUUCUUGAAAAAGGAGUUCAGCGCUGAGAAUGUAACUUUCUGGAAGGCCUGCGAGCGCUUCCAGCAGAUCCCAGCCAGCGACACCCAGCAGCUUGCUCAGGAAGCCCGCCACAUCUACCAGGAAUUCCUGUCCAGCCAGGCGCUGAGCCCAGUGAACAUAGACCGGCAGGCCUGGCUAGGCGAGGAGGUGCUGGCAGAACCCCGACCGGACAUGUUCCGCGCGCAGCAGCUCCAGCGGGUCCCGCAGAUCUUCAACCUGAUGAAGUUUGACAGCUACGCGCGCUUCGUCAAGUCCCCGCUAUACCGCGAGUGUCUCCUGGCGGAGGCCGAGGGACGCCCCCUGCGGGAACCUGGCUCCUCCAGCCCGGGCAGCCCUGACUCCACGAGGAAGAAGCCGAAGCUGAAGCCCGGGAAGUCGCUGCCGCUGGGCGUGGAGGAGUUGGGGCACCUGCCGGCUACUGAGGGCUCUGGGGGCCGCCCCCUCCGCAAGUCUUUCCGCAGGGAACUGGCAGGCGGAGCCCCAAACUCGGCCUUACGCAGAGAGUCCCAGGGCUCCCUCAACUCCUCUGCCAGUCUGGACCUUGGUUUCCUUGCCUUUGUCAACAGCAAAUCUGAGGUGUCCCCAGCAGGUGUAUGUGGGUCAGCGGAAGGACCUGUCUCUAGGCGCCACUACAUCUGGCAGAGCCACCGGAAGAGCCUUGGGAGCACAGAAGGUGAGAGUGAGAGCCGGCCAGGGAAGUACUGCUGCGUGUACCUGCCUGAUGGCACAGCAUCCUUGGCCCUGGCACGACCUGGCCUCACCAUCCGUGCCAUGCUGGCGGGCAUCUGUGAGAAACGAGGCCUCUCUCUACCUGACAUCAAGGUCUACCUGGUCGGCAAUGAGCAGAAGGCCCUGGUCCUGGACCAGGACUGCGCGGUGCUGGCGGACCAGGAAGUGCGGCUGGAGAACAGGAUCACCUUCGAGGUCGAGUUGGUGGCUCUGGAGCGCGUGGUGCGGAUCUCCGCCAAGCCCACCAAGCGGCUGCAGGAGGCGCUGCAGCCCAUUCUGGCGAAGCACGGCCUGAGCCCGCAACAGGUGGCGCUGUGCCUGCCAGGCGAGAAGCAGCCGCUGGAUCUGGGGAAGCUCGUGAGCUCGGUGGCGGCCCAGAGACUGGUUUUGGACACUCACCCAGGUGUGAAGAUUUCCGGAGCUGGAGACGUAGCCCAGCGCUGCAGCCAGGGUGGCCAGCCUAGAGCCCAGAACAAGGCCACCCAUCCCCCUCCACUGUCCCUCAACUCGCUGGCCGAGGCGCCCAGUAGUAUCCCUGGGAAGCGGCAGACCUGUGACAUUGAAGGCUUGGUGGAGCUGCUGAAUCGAGUGCAGAGCAGUGGGGCCCAUGACCAGAGGGGCCUUCUGCGCAAAGAGGACCUGGUGCUUCCAGAAUUUCUGCAGCUGCCAACCCAAGGGCCCCAUUCCCAGGAUGCCCCACCACAGACUGUAUCAGAGGUCCAGCCCCAGGGGGACCCCUCGGACUCCACGGCCCAUGCGGCCCUCUGACACCUGCCCAGCAGUCCAGGCCAGCUGCACGGCACCUGGCGGGCCAAGCAUGCUGUGGGCCCGCUCUGCAUGCUCUGUCUGUGCCAUCAGUGUCCUUGGCCCCUUCCUGCCACGGGCAGGCCCGC